AUGGGGGACUGGAACUUCUCUCGGGGGAUUUUGGAGGAGGUGCACAUUCAUUCCACUAUGGUCGGCAAGAUCUGGCUCACCAUUCUGUUCAUCUUCCGCAUGCUGGUCCUCGGUGUUGCAGCCGAGGACGUGUGGAACGAUGAGCAGGCCGACUUCAUAUGCAACACCGAGCAGCCCGGGUGCAGAAACGUCUGCUAUGAUCUCGCUUUCCCAAUCUCCCUCAUCCGCUACUGGGUGCUGCAGGUCAUUUUCGUGUCCUCUCCCUCCCUGGUUUACAUGGGCCACGCUCUGUACAGGCUGCGGGCGCUGGAGAAAGCUCGGCAGAAGAAGAAGGCUCUGCUGAGGAAGGAGCUGGAGCUGGUGGAUGUGGAGUUGGCAGAAGCCAGGAAGAGGAUAGAGCGGGAAAUGAAGCAGCUCGAUCAGGGGAAGCUCAACAAAGCUCCUCUGAGGGGCUCUCUGCUGCGAACAUACGUGGCUCACGUUGUCACCCGCUCUGUCGUCGAAGUGGCCUUCAUGACAGGCCAGUAUCUCCUUUACGGCUUCCACCUCUACCCACUCUUCAAGUGUCAGCGGGACCCUUGUCCUAAUGCUGUAGACUGCUACGUUUCCAGACCAACAGAGAAAAGUGUCUUCAUGGUUUUCAUGCAGUGCAUUGCUGGGAUUUCCCUCUUUCUAAACAUUUUGGAGAUCACGCACCUGGGCUACAAGAAAAUCAAAAAGGGCAUCCUGGACUUCUACCGUCACUUGAGAGACGAGAGAUAUGAACCUGAAGAGUACUACGUCAACAAGUUUAAAAAAGAAUCCGUUGUGCAAAUUUGUGACGCCAGAAAGGCGACAAUUGCUUCAGCGCCCAGUGACUACAACCUCCUGCUGGAGAGGAUGCAGGGGAACAUUAUGUACCCAAACCUUAUCAAGCCUUCAACUUUUCCACCUCUGCAGGGCGAGCAGGCCAAUCAGCACGAUUUGGAGGAUUCUAGAUGUUCAGCUCAAAGCCCUCAGGAUUGUAACUGCAACCUGACUGCUAAAGAGCCCUGCUCACCGUGCUGCGACUCUCUGAUAAAUCCAAAGCAGGAGGCUGAGGACUUUUCGCAUCGUCCCCUACAAACUAAGGAGGAGGAGAGCAGUGGAAGAGGGAGCCCAGACUCUCCUAAAUGCCAGCAGAAGGCCGCUCACUCUUCCUCCUUCCCCACGCUGCCAGUAAGUGCAGCAAGGAAGCUGUUCAGGGCACAGGGAUCUUUAAAAUGCUCCACAGUGUUGGAGGGAAAAAGCUCUGACACAGACUCAUAUGGAGGGGGAUCAAAGCCCAGCAAUGGAACUUCCUCUGCUCGAAUGCAGUCGUCGAAGUCGGAUGCCAAACAACAAAGUCGGCCUUCCACUCCAGAGUCGGUGGAAGAUUCCAGCUCAGGAUCAGCAGGGAACAACUCCCGACCACCUUCCUCCAACUGCAAAACAUCGAUGGCAAGUAACACGAGCAGCAGGCGAGCGACAGACCUGCAAAUCUAAACUUCAAAUGCCGUUUCCUUAUUUUCUGUAUUGGAGUUCAGGAAUCAAGGUUACACAAGUCCUUUUCUGAAUUUCAGUAAUGGAUUCAACAGCUCUGGAUUUAACAAGAGACACUUUGUUCAUAUUAUUUUUUGUUUUUUUGGUUCUCCUAACAAACAUUUAAACAGCAGUCUACGUACUAUGCCACGCUUUGAAAACACAAAAAACUGCUUGUGGUGAAUUAUACCAGCACCAAACAACUCAGGAUUUCAUAAUGAAUGUCAUAUAUAAUUUGUGCAACUAUUUUUGGACUGAACCUUUAUUCUACUGUUACUUUCAUAUGUGUAGCUACAAAAUGAGUACAAAUGUAGUUGACACAUUACAUUAAAAACUCAACAUAUAGAGAGUUCAGGCAUCUAAAAACAAACCCAUUCAAAAUUCCCAUCGACUUUGAGAGGAUAGACCCCAUGGCGCUAAAAUGCUAACUUACUUCCAGGUUUUAGGACUGAUUCCUGUGGCACCAUAUUACUAAAAUGAGAAAGUUUGGUAGAUCCUGCCUACUCCAUUCCAACAUUAAGGCUGGCUUCUGAUAACCAUGGUUGUGUUCAAAAUAAAGUAGACUUCUUCGUGAUAUUGAUGUAAAUCGCUAUUUUG